AUGCUUGGUUGUAUCUCAGCAUCAAGCAAUCUUCUUCAUCUAUAUAGAAAACGCAAGUUUGUUGGUCCACGUGAGCUUACUCCUACAAUUCUUUGUUCUAUUGAAGAAGAUGAUAAACCAGCCAAAAGGGGCAAGAAACCUGAAUCGCAAAAGGAGGGACCUAUAGCAAAACCAUCCAACGGGCAGACCCCCAAGAAGAGGAAAACUGAUCAAGCAGCUCCUUCUCAACCACAACCCAAAAAGCAGAAGAAGCCUGAUAGGAGACUUAUUCUUCAAUCCUCAAGUGAUUCAGAUUCAGAAUAUGUUCCUCCUAAGCAUAAGAGCGCUCCAACUACAGAUUCUGAGAACGAAAGUUCAGAUGAAGAGGCUUCGGGCCGCGGUGAUACUCCACCUCGCUCCCCAUCUCCAGAAAUUCUGGAUGCUGCUGUCAAGAACGCUGCUAUAGUUACCUCUUCUGUAGAAACUCUUCAACAAACUCUUCAAUCUGAGUGCUCGAAGGUUGAAGCAGCAUGCCAUGCUAUUCAGCAGGCGAAUGAAGCGUUCCAUGCUAAUGUUAACGAAUGCUUAUCUCAACUACAAGCGGACUUAGCUAUGGAGAAUGGGCUUAUGGAUAAGCUUGUCAGACACACAAAUCAGCUUAAAUUGCAAACUCAUAAGCUGCGAUCUGCUCAUGCUGAGAUUGAUGACCUCAAAUCAGAGAAGGAAGUUAUAAGGAGUUCAGCUGUAGAGGUUCACUGCAUUCUUCUUCAUCUCAUUGAAGGUCAUGAUCCCCUUGUCACUAUCACCACCCGACGACAUUUAGCAGAUAAGCUCCGACCGGCCCUAGACGUCCUCAGUCGUAUCGAGGGUGUUCCGGUGGUUGGGGUCCAACCGCAACAAGGGGGAGAGAAAGAGUUCAAGCAAGAGAAACAAGAGACGAAUCAACCUCUUCCAUCUAGCCCCAAGCCAGCUGCUGAACCGAAGGGUAAUGAAGCUUCGUUCAGCAUCAAGGAAAAGAAAAAGAAGAAAAUCGGUGAAGAUGAUACUGACAACGAAGAUGAUGUCUACGUUGAAGUUCCAAGAAAGCCUGUCCCAAAGGUUGCUUCUUCACAAAAACAAACUGAAGAAAUUUCAAUGAAGGAGCGAUCUGAGCUAGAAUAG